AUGCUGCAGAGAAGCUCCUCCUCCGCUCUGCGCGCCGUUGCGCCUGCUGUCGCUCGUUCCGGCACACAAGUCCCCUCACGAACCUUCUCCUCAACACAACCGGCAGCCUCCGACCUGGAAGGUGCUGCUUUUGGUGAACAACACAUUGCAAAGGGAAUUGGCCGGCUCACCAAACAUGUCUUCGAAGAUGGCAAGGGCACCUUCAUCACCACAGACAAGGGUGUCAAGCUACUCGACAUGACAUCCGGCAUUGGCGUUGUAAACCUCGGCCAUUGCCAUCCCAAAGUCAGUGCUGCUGCCGCUGCACAGUGCGGCAAAAUCACACAUGCUCAAGUCAACAUUGGCUUCAGCUCUGCCCAGAUUGCUCUUCUCAAGGAGCUGAUUCCCAUCCUCCCACACAAGUCUCUAGACACUGUCUUUCUGUGGAAUUCGGGAGCAGAAGCAGUCGAGGCAGCGGUCAAGCUAGCUCGUGGCGCUACGAAGAAGCCCAACAUCAUUGUCAUGCAGGGUUCGUACCACGGUCGCACGAACGCGACAGCAUCGAUGACGCGAUCUAAAACCAUCUACGGCGAAGGCCACGGCCCCUUGAUGGGUGGUGUGUUCGCAACUGCAUUCCCCUACUACAGCCAGUUUGGCGGCGCAACUCCAGACACACCCACAGAGGAGCUCGUCAACCAGGCUCUUCUCCAGGUCAAGCUUACUCUGCAACAGCAGACCUCGCCCUCUGAUACUGCUGCCAUCAUCCUGGAGCCCGUCCUCGGUGAGGGCGGUUAUGUCCCUGCCCCUCCAGCUUUCUUGCAUGGCUUGAGGAAGAUCUGCGACGAGAACAAAAUUCUUCUUAUUGCUGAUGAGGUCCAGUCUGGCAUGGGCCGCACAGGUCACAUGUUCUUUGUAGAGGAGUCUGGAGUCCGACCUGACAUUCUCAUAUUUGCCAAAGGUAUUGCGAACGGCUUCCCUUUGUCAGGAAUUGCGAGUCGCAAGGACCUCAUGGACCUUCAGAAGCCUGGAUCGAUGGGUGGUACCUAUGCAGGCAAUGCAGUCGCUUGUGCUGCUGCAAAGGCUGUCAUCGAAGUCUUCCGUGAAGAGGACAUCCUCGACAACGUCGCUGCCCGUUCUGAACAGAUCUUCUCUUUCCUCAAGGACCUUCAGGCAUCAGGUACAAAGGCUGGCAACUUGAUUGAAGACGUCCGUGGCAAGGGCUUGAUGGUCGGCGUACAAUUUGCGAACCCAGAGCUGCAGAACGACUCUUCAAACACAGCUGCGAGGGAGGCACAAACACAACCACAGAUCGCACCGAAGAUUGUCCAGGAGUGCAUAAAGCGCGACAUGCUUCUUCUCAGCACCUCCGUAUUUGACGUCUUGCGGUUCAUCCCGCCACUUACCAUCAGCGAGGAGGAAAUGACCCAGGCAUGCAACAUCUUCAAGGAAUCACUCGAAGCGGUUGCAAAAGAUUUGUAA